AUGUUGUAUCUCUGUGACGGCAUCUCCCACUGUCAAAGCCAUGCGGACGAGACUAACUGCCGUGAGUUUCCCACGCAUAGCAACGGCUCUACUCCUGGUGCAUCCGAUAACGUCUCCAAGGAGCAGACCACAAAAAAGCCCAAUGUCCUUUCAGCGCCUCGCAUCUGCCUCCCAGGACAAUUCCAGUGUCAUGACAAUAAGAAAUGUGUGGCUCCUGGAGGUUUGUGCGAUGGUGUCGAGGACUGCUGGGAUGCGUCCGACGAGAAGUACUGCACCGGCUCAUUCCGAGCCAACAGCCCCAACACCAAAGUGAAUGAGAUGGCUGCCUAA